CUAUGCAAUACAUUGCGUUCAUCUUUUCACGUAUUCUAGGUACUAUAAAAGUUUUGCAUUAUGACUUAACACACGGACGCAGGAGGGUGCAUGUUACUGAAUGUUGAGACAUGUCCAUGAUUGCCUAGCACGUCUGUUGAUUUAGUUGUUCGUUCGUAUUGGCAGUGUAAAGUGCGAACUAUGGCAUCGUGGUCACGUAGUGAGAUAAGGGCAGUUUUACGGUAUAACUUUUCCUCAUCGUACGAUUAUAUUCAGGUAGUACAGAUAAUUCCAAAGGGUCAAUUUCACUCUGGAGCACCCUCAGCGGGAAGGAAGGCCGCAAUCGUCAGUAACAGACAACAUAAGUCAUGUUAAUUCGUUAAAAUUGUUAAUUUUAAUAGGUCACGGAAUAAAUGCGAUUUUGUUUCAGAACACUUCCUCGGAGUCAGACAUGUGCAAUACACGCUGCUGUUUAGCGUCACCAUUUUAGCCUAUGCAUUAAGGAACGUUCUGAAUGUGGCUGUCAUUGCUAUGGUAAAGGAAAACAACGAAUUCGGUGUACCCACGUAUCCAGAAUGGGAGAGCGAGAAAAACGUGAUGUUGUCAUCGUUCUUUUGGGGCUACGUAUUGACGCAGAUCCCGGCUGGCCAACUGGCCGAGUAUUUCGGCCCGAAGAGGUUCCUGUCCGCCGCCAUAUUGACUUGUUCGGUGUUUUCGGUGCUGAUCCCCGUGCUGGGAGGAACUUUCGGCUACGGGGGAGUCAUCGUGUGUCGUAUCGUCCAGGGUCUCACGCAGGGAUUCAUUUAUCCCUCCAUACACCAUCUGAUCAGCGCAUGGGUACCCUUGGCGAAUAGGGCGAACAUUGCCAGCUUCGUUUAUGCAGGUGGUCCAUUGGGUACCGUGAUGGUGAUGCCCGUUGCUGGUUAUUUCUGUGGCUCGCAAUUUGGUUGGCCAAUGGCCUUCUACACAUUGGGAGCUGUCGGAUUGGUCUGGACCGUCAUUUGGCUGAUAUUCGGCAUUGACAGUCCGCAUCAUCACAAGACCAUAACCAAAGAAGAACUUAUGUAUAUUCAAGACGGCGCUGUUAACGAUAAAAAACCAGAGAAAUUGCCCACGCCUUGGAAAGAAAUAGCAACGUCGCUACCAUGUUGGGCAAUACUGGUUUGUCAUUUCGGCAGCCUGUGGGGCUUCUGGACUAUGCUCACCGAAAUACCAACGUAUAUGGAUAAAAUAUUACAUUUUGACAUAAAAUCGAACAGUACGUUGUCAGCUUUACCGUAUUUAGUGUAUUGGAUACUAAAUCUCAUCAUGAGUCCCAUUGCAGACUAUUUGAUCGUUAACAAGAUUACUUCAGUGGGAGUAAGCAGAAAAAUUUUCAAUUCCAUAGGUGUGUUCAUACCCGCUAUAGCGUUGACCGCUUUGGUGUUCAUCGGUCCGGACGAGAAAGUGCUUACUGUAUUCAUGCUUGUCGUUGCGGUGGGUUUCAACACGGCCAUUUUGUGCGGCUUCCACGUGAACCACAUCGAUGUGGCUCCUAGACAUGCUGGCACUUUGAUGGGCAUCACGAACGCGCUCGGCAACUGUGCCGCCAUUUUGGCGCCGCUCGCAGUCGACGUUUUCAAAUCAAUCGGCAAAUACCAGGAGUCGGACAAGGCCCUUUGGGAUAUAGUAUUCAUAACAGCUGCAGUAUUAUUUGCUAGCACUGGUCUUUUCUACAACCUGUUCGCCUCAGGAAAAGUGCAACCUUGGAAUGAUCCCAAGAAUAGUGAAUCCGCUUCGCUCCAAGAAAAACAGCCCAUCAAUGAGAAAAAAUAACACACCAUGAUGGGAGUGAAGGAAAACUAUUUGAUGAUACAGAACUUUGAAACAAAGACUGUGCUUUUAGUUGUUAGUUUAGUACAACUCUGGAAAAACUAGGACGUUCGUGAAUAUGGACACAAAUCAAAUUAUACUCAUGAAGCUGUUUGUAGAAAGAUUAGAUUAAAUCAAAACGUCACGAUACUUGAAAACAUUCUCUACUGGCUGUUAGGAUAGUAAAAUAUGAUUGGUAUCCAGUCAUCCGAUAUUUUUAUGUUUCUUUAGAAUAAAUAUAAAUGCAAGUUCUAUUACCGUAUCCAUUAAAUAACAAAUUACUGGUAUCCGCCACGGAUUAGGUAAAGUUCAUUUAUUGUAUUUAACCUGCCAAAAUGUACUUUUUUGAAAAACAUGUCAGUCAAUUCCAGGUAACUUUAAGUUACUAAGAAUGCAGAAAUAAUAAAUGAAUAGUUUAUUAUACGAGUAAUAUGAAGCACUAACAUAUGAUAAUGAUACGAAACUGGCUCAAGAAGUUUUAAGUUUUAAUACUUCAAGAAUGUAUUACCUCCUAUAUUUAAUAGAAUUUGUUUUUUAUGUGAUAUUGCCGAGACGUAUGUAAUGAGAAUUAUUGUAAUUGUAUCGGUUUUAUAUUAUUUACAUACUACUUCAAAUGUCUAGAAGCAACUCACAUCAAAUUUUGGAUGUAUUUUAUUGUAAUAAACAUAUCAACUUUUUUCUGUGA